UUGAUUCGUUCACGAUAUUUUUCAUGUAAAUAUGUGCACUUGUGGAUGCGUUCUCAUAAAAAUAUUUCAGAUGAGCUUUGAGAAAUCUAAAUAGAUCUCCAGGACAGUUCUGGAGGUUUUACAAAAAGAGAUUUCGGAAUAAUGUUGUCUUGUAAACAUCGUUUAUUAAAUAUUCUGUGAUUGCACCAAUUCCAUUGACACUUGGAUAAUUUGAUCCGGUUAUUAAUGAGUUUUUUGCUUAUUCUCUGAAGAAGUGGUUUACACUAAGUCACGAAACGUCAGAGAAUCUAAUUUUCCUUUUUAUUGGGAUAUUACAAACAUAUUAAUUUAUUUAUAACAAUCUACACAAUGCUCAAUUUAUUCUAAAUUAUCAAAUCAAACCUUGGUAAUGAUACCUAAAAAAUACUGUAAUUGUUCGGAUCAAGUGACAAUUGAUUAUUACACAAUUAAGGGCCCAAUGAUAAAGCUUGCAUAAAGAUUUAUGAGAGGGAGAUAGAAGAGUGAACAAAUAUUUACUUUUUUGGAUUUCAAGGAUACUCCUUAUUUUGUUUCUACCGGUUUCAAAGUUUCCAAGUAUUGAAGUUUAGCUUUGUACGAUUAUUUUUCGGUGACAUGAAAAAAAAUAAUUCCGAAAUUGUUUGCGUUCACCUAACAAAAGGGCGACAUUAGUAGAACACUCGGAGACCAAGCGAAAAUACAGUUCAGAUGGCAGAACACAUCGAGAGAUGUAACUAGACGAUUAAAGGCUGUGUAUAUGUAUUAUGCAAAUAUUUUGCAACUUUUUACAACAAAUGUACAAUCCUUCUGCUUAUUGUCUUGUUUUACAGUGGUAUCUGCUUGAAUAAUUAAGCAUCAUUAAAAAUACAAUCAACUAUCAUUCCAUAGAAAAUAUUCAUAAUCAUAUCUACUCUCCACAAUUAUUAUCAACAUCAAAUAUUAGAGUAGUUGUAGUGAAUAUACACAUUUGAUUACAUAUUAUUAUUUUUAAAUAGGUAUUGGAUUGGCGCUUACUGCUUCUCUUAAAGGUUACCGAUGUAUAAUUGUAAUGUCAGAGAAAAUGAGUAGUGAAAAGGAAUCAUACUUAAGAUGCCUUGGAGCUGAAAUUGUUCGUACACCGGCUUCUGCAAAUUUUGACCAUCCUGAUUCAUUGUUUCGAGUGUCAGAAAAAAUAAAAAAUGAAAUUGGUCCAUCUGCACAUAUCAUGAAUCAAUAUACAAAUCCAUAUAAUCCAAUAGCUCAUUUUGAUGAAACAGCUGAAGAAAUUCUUCGUGACUGUACAGAAGAAAAUGGACAAAUUAAAUUGGAUAUGCUAGUAGUUGGUGUCGGAACUGGUGGUACAAUAACUGGACUAUCACGAAAAAUAAAAAUGAAAGUACCUAAUUGUUUAAUUGUUGGAGUGGAUCCAAUUGGUUCAAUUCUAGCCAAUCCAGAGUGUCAAGAAACAACUCCAUAUGAUGUUGAAGGUAUUGGAUAUGAUUUUUUCCCUACUGUCUUGGAUACAAAUGGAAUUGAUAAAUGGUGUAAAACAGGUGAUCAUGAAUCUUUUGAAAUGGCUAGGCGACUCAUACAUGAAGAAGGUUUACCAUGUGGUGGCAGUUCUGGUGCUGCUGUGGCUGGUGCUAUCAGAACUAUCAAAGAAUUGGGUUUAGGAAAAAACAGUCGAAUCGUGGUUAUUCUACCCGAUAAUGUACGCAAUUACAUGUCUAAAUUCUUAUCAAAUGAUUGGAUGUUUAGUCGAGGAUAUAUGGACUUUCCCCUUGGUGAUACAUUUCGAAAUAAUUGGAUUAAUGCUACAUUAGAUGAAUUAAUUGCUGGUCUGCCAAAAACAGUUAGAAUUACUAGUGAACAUACAGUAAAAGAUGCUUCGAAUUUAAUUAAAACGGAGAAUGUAAGGGGAUUGUUGGUGGUAGAAAAUAAUGGAACAAAAAUUUGCGUUCUUGGUGUAUUUGAUCCAAAUAUUCUAAGACUAUUAUUCAAUGGAUCUGUUAAACCAACUGAUCUUGUUGUCAAAGCGAUGAAUAAAAAUUAUCGACAAGUUGAGGAAAUACAUGGGCUUGAUCGUGUGUCUCGCGAACUCACCAUUGAAUCAUAUGUUGUUCUGUGGAAUAAAGAAAACCCUUAUUUAGUAUGCCGUGAAGAUUUUCUCCAUUGGUCUCUAUUUAAACAGUAGCGAGUUUGUUCACGAAGAUAAAACACAAGUAAACAAUAUUAAAUCAACCUGUUUAUCUUCAAAUUUCUUUUUACCCAGCUUUUAUUUUUAGAAAUAAAUAGCUUAGAGAUAAAAAGAUAUGUUUUAUUGAGAACAUUAAAUAAACUAUUGUAGUUAAACAACGGUUGUUUAUUUGAGGUUAGAUGAAUGUUUAAAUAUUGAACAAGCAGGGAAUGUACGCGCGUAUAUACAAAUGGUCUUCCAUUUUAACAUUUUGUUAUAGGUUUCACUGUAAUAUAGACAAGUAACUAUUCGAAAGUGAUUGUUACAUCUUGUUAUUUGGUAUUUAAGAAUACAUUAAGAUGAUAGAUUUGAUUUAAAAAGUGUG